GCGUAGGCUCUGUCAGCCGGUUGAAGAGGAAGGGCCCGCGACUGCCGAGCUGCUCGCGCACGAACCGCGAGGUCCAGACAGCAGCACGAGCGAUGCGAGUCAAGGGUUGUGAGGAAACCGACUAACCAAACAGAAACACCUCGACCGAGUAUCGUCUUGUUUCAGCAGCGUGAAGAGAAACACAGCCCAGCGAGCAUGUCGGUGCUAGCUCUGCAAGAGUACGAAUUCGAGAGACAGUUCAACGAGGACGAAGCCAUCCGAUGGAUGCAGGAGAAUUGGAAGAAGUCCUUUCUUUUCUCUGCACUCUACGUUGCCUUUAUCCUUGGGGGCCGCCAUGUCAUGAAACCGAGGGAGAAGUUUGAGUUGAGGAAGCCGCUGGUGCUAUGGUCGCUCACGCUUGCUCUAUUCAGUAUAUUUGGUGCCAUCCGUACUGGGAGUUACAUGACGUACAUCCUGAUGACGAAAGGGCUUAAACAAUCAGUUUGUGACCAGAGCUUUUACAACGGGCCUGUUAGCAAGUUCUGGGCAUACGCCUUUGUACUAAGUAAAGCACCAGAACUGGGUGACACUCUCUUCAUUGUCCUGAGGAAACAGAAGCUCAUCUUCCUCCACUGGUACCACCACAUCACCGUGCUGCUCUACUCCUGGUACUCCUACAAAGACAUGGUGGCCGGCGGCGGAUGGUUCAUGACCAUGAACUACUUGGUCCACGCCGUCAUGUACUCUUAUUACGCCUUGCGGGCUGCCGGCUUUAAGCUGUCGCGCAAGUUUGCCAUGUUCAUCACACUGACCCAGAUCACCCAGAUGCUGAUGGGCUGUGUGGUCAACUACCUGGUGUACUCGUGGAUGCAGCAGGGCCAGGAGUGUCCAUCCCACAUGCAGAACAUUGUGUGGUCCUCCCUCAUGUACCUAAGCUACUUUGUGCUCUUUGUCCAGUUCUUCUUCGAGGCCUACUUUGGCAAGUCCAAAUUCUCUGCCACGGCUGUCGCCAAGAAGAGCGAGUGAACAAAUGCCACAAGUAUGAGAAGAAGGGAAAUAAUGACGACAAAAGGGAGUUAGAAAUGGAAAACGGGGACCAGUGACUUGAAAGAAUUUGUUAGGGUUGGGUAAGGGGAUGUUGAAAUGAAAGAUGGGUGAUGGAGAGGUGGCAUGGAGGCUGGGGUGGGG